CCGAAGAUGGCCUACCAGCUCAACCCAAACGUUUCACCCAAAAAAAUCGGAACGCCGACGCAGCCAAUUUCUCCUGGAUCAAAGCAGGAAAGGAAAACCGACCCGGUUGCAUCCCGGAGAAAAACUGCACUCCCCAUCGGUACAAAGCUUCAAAACCAGAAUUCAAGUGCACUUUGAAGUCGAAUGGAUAUGACGAAAACCUUGAACUUGAGGGUCUCCCCAAUAUCAUUCUCACCUGCAAUCGCUGCAAGUAACUUCUACUUGCCCCUUCCCUACCCCAGAAAUUUUUCUUUCCGAUUCUAUGCCAGCUCAUUCCAUCAAAUUUCAAGAAAGUCCCAAAUUCUCCAUGCCAAGAAAAGAAAACCGGAGUCGGAGCCAGUUCUCGAAUCCACACUUGUCGAAGAAAUAUCAAUGAACGAUGAAGAGGACGUCCUUGAUGAUUUCGAAUACGUGGAAUUAGGGGAUGACGAUGGCAGCUACUACGACGAAGAGGAGUAUGAAGAUGACGAAGCUGAACUCUUUGUAGGUGAUGGGGGCGGAGGCGGUGGGAUUUCCCUGGCUGGAACGUGGUGGGAUAAAAAAGCACUGGCGAUAGCUGAAGAGGUUACCAGGUCUUUCGAUGGGGAACUGCAGAUAUAUGCUUUUAAGACACUGGUCAAUUCCACCAUUCGAGUGCGCAUCGAGAGACUUUCCAACAAGUCUGGCUCGCCUAGCAUGGAAGACAUUGAAGCUUUUUCUACAGCCUAUAGAGCAAAGUUAGAUGAGGCCGAGCUUGCCAAAUUUGUGCCUGAAGAUAUAAGUUUGGAGGUGUCUUCUCCUGGUGUUGAAAGGACAGUCCGGAUUCCUAAUGAUCUGGAUCGAUUCAAGGAACGGCCUAUGUAUGUGAAGUACAUGAGCAGUGAGGAUUUAGAAGGUUCCACUGCAGAAAGUGAGGGGGUGUUCCGCUUGAUAGCUUUUGACCUGGAAACAAGAUGUUGCACUUGGGGUUUGGCAGACGUGAGAGUAAAUAGAGAGAAAGCAGGGAAAGGAAGACCACUGAACAAAAAGCAGAGAGAAUGGCGUUUAAGCACUCCCUUUGAUUCUUUACGUUUAGUUAGGUUGUAUUCUGAAAUGUAACUUGGUUGGAUCUUUGGCAAGAGGUCAUAUUUUGGUACCCCACGCCUGCCUGCGUCUUUUUGCGGGCUUGGCGUGUUUAGAGAGCUUCAUAUUCAUGCAUGUACAGAGCGAAGAGUAGUAGUAAAUUUGUGUCAAAUUAAUUAAUAAAUUUAACUAAUUUUCUCAA